AUGACUUUCUUUCAUUUCGUCGCUCUGACGGGCAGCCUCAACUUCGCCUGGGCUCUUGUCUGCGCGUCACCAGCCACGGAGCUCCCGUUGCUGAUGCCACACGUGCGACCGACUGAGAACCACACCUACCUCUGCACCGCUCUUCAUGUCGCCUCAAGGACGCACAAGUAUAUUGUGGCCUUUAAGCCCAACGCCUCGAUGCAUCGGAUUCACCACAUCCUCGUGUAUGGCUGCCGGACGCCAGGCUACCGGGAAUGGGACACCCCGAAGGCCGUGUGGGACUGCGACGAGAUGUCCACGUCACGGAAACAAUUCCCCAAACGCCCCAUCUGCCAGACAGGCUCCCGAAUCGUCUAUGGCUGGGCAAGAGACGCCCCACGCCUGCAGCUGCCUGAAGGCGUUGGCAUGAAGAUCGGUGGCGACAGUGGCAUCGAAUUUCUUGUGAUUCAAGCUCAUUAUGGCGACACGACUUCUUUUCUGGAUGGAGAGACAAGUGACAGCUCGGGAAUUGUCCUCUCAGUGGUUCCUGGCAACAGCAAAGAAGUGAAGAGGACCGCUGGAGUGUACGGACUAGACACAGGCGGGAUGAUUCCGGCAAAUAGUUAUGGUCAUCUUGAAGCGGCUUGCCAGAUAAACGACAAUGUGACUCUACAUCCCUUUGCAUUCCGUGUUCACACUCAUAUACUCGGAAAAGCUGUAACUGGCUAUAUUGUUAGAAAUGGAACCUGGAUUAAUAUUGGCAAAAGCAAUCCCCUCGAUCCACAGAUGUUUUAUCCGUCAAAAAAAGGUGUGACAAUUGUGAAGGGGGAUAUUUUGGCUGCACGCUGCACCAUGAAAAACUUCAGGAGCAGAGACACUUACGUAGGCCCCACAUCGGAAGAUGAGAUGUGCGACUUCUAUGUGAUGUACUACACAGACGGAGACAAGAUUCUAGAAGAGGGUUUGUGUUACUCCGAAGCGUCCCCGACUUACUACUGGAGAACAGAUCCGAUGCUCAAAGACCACGUCACGCCCGCCAUCGACGAAGACGCCAGCACUCUCGAUUGA